AUGGGAAAUGAUUACAGUUGUGUUUUAGAAGAUGCUGAUCAUCUACCAAAUGAAACUGGCAUUUUCCGUUCACCAUUAUUAGGUAAAUAUUCAUCAGAACGCUUUUUUGAUCGUUUUAUCGAUGCUCCACAGAUUGGAACACUAUUUGACCUUCUCGAAUACACGAAAAAGAUAGCUCCUGACCUUCCAUUUUACGGAUCAAGAGUUUUUAACAACGGAGUUUGGGAAAAUAGUUUCAAAUUCAUGAAUAGAAUUGAAUUUUGUGAAAAAAGAGAUGCGAUUGGUUCCUGUCUCAUAACUAAAAUCCCAGAGUUCGGCGCGAAUAUCGGAAUAUUAAGUCAUAAUAGAAUUGAGUGGGUUUUGAUUCAACACGCUUGCUAUGCGUAUGGAUACAUUCCAGUCCCUAUUUACGAUACAUUUGGAACAGACAACAUGCUUCAUAUCAUCAAUUUCUCUCAUCUCACUCACGUUUUCAUUGUUUCUACGAAAGUCAAGCUUUUACUUGAUAGUUUGACUGACGAUUGCUGUCUAACAGAUUUAAUAGUAUUCGAUACAGAAGAAGACAAGUUUGAUUUCGCGAGAUACCAAAAUCAUCGAAUUCAUUUUCACAGAUUUAGCGAUUUCCUUGGCUUCAAACAACGAUUUUCAUACAGACUACCAACACCUGAGACCCCUGCUUUCAUUAUGUUCACUUCCGGAACAUCAGGAGUCUCAAAAGGCUGCAUUGUUACACAUUCCAACUUAAUUGCCACUUCCAACGCAAUUAUCAUGUUCUGUAUAGACUUUAAGCCAUCGGACAGCAUGUUGUCGUACCUCCCGCUCGCUCAUAUCUUCGAAUCUUGCAUGCAUGUUGUUGCAAUUAAAGUUUUAGGUUCUAUCGGCUUCUAUUCGGGAGAUUUGAAGCGUCUUACCGAUGAAUUCAAGAUUCUCAAGCCUACAAUUGCUAUAGGAGUCCCCAGAGUCUUUGAAAGAAUUCAUGACGGAGUUUUAGCCCAAAUCAACAAGAAAUCACCCGCAGUUCGUGCUAUAUUCAACGCAGCCUUCUCAGUUAAGUCCGUUCUUCUUAAUACUUUGCGAAUAAAACACGUACCAGGAUUAGAUUUGAUCUUUAAUCCAAUCAGACAAGCCGCUGGUGGCAGGCUAAGGCUUUUCGUUGGAGGAGGAUCUUAUAUACCCCCGGAACUGCAGCAUUUCAUGAGAAUUGCCUUUAAUUGCGAUUUCCUCAUCGGUUAUGGCCUAACCGAAACCACCGGGCCAAUUAUCGGACAGUCCAGUUACGAUUGUUUCUGCGGAAACUGCGGAGUUCCCUUUGCCUGUGGAGAAGCCAAGUUAAUUGACGUCGAAGAAACAGGCUACUAUGCAAAGAACAACGAAGGAGAGUUGCUCGUUCGAGGACCAGGCGUAAUCAAGAACUAUUAUAAGAACGAAGACGAGCAAAAGAACAAUUUCGAAGAAGGAUGGUUCAAGACAGGCGAUAUCUUCAAAUUGAACAAAACAGGACAGUUCCAAAUGAUUGGCCGUCGUAAGGAAAUCAUCAAACUCUCACAAGGAGAGUAUAUUUCCAUACAAAAAUUAAUGAAUAUUUAUUCACAAGUUCCAGGAAUCGCACAAAUCUAUAUCCAUGCUGAGAUGACGUCAAGAUUCCCUACUGCAAUAGUAGUUUUGCAGCCAAACUUCUCCGCGGACGAGAAUUACAUAUUAUCUCAAUUUGAUCAGCUCGGAAAACAGUACAAACUUAAUGGUUUCGAGAUUAUUAAGGGAGUUUUCAUUUCUCCUGAGGAGUUUUCCCCUCAAAAUGGAUUAUUAACGCCAUCAAUGAAACAAUGUAGAGGAAGAAUAGCUGAGAAGUUCGCAAAUCAACUUGCAGCGCUUGAAGGAAAGGAAUUGAGAUCAAAAUGCUAG